GAGGAAGGUCACUACCCGGUGACCCGGAUGUAGCCUGUGCUAAUGGCACAAGCCGGUUUGGUCACAUGACGGCUGUCAGUGGCUGUCAGCUGGUUGAAAUGAUCACAUUUCAGCUGUGCCAGUCUAAAGUCUGAAAGUUGGGCGAAUUAAUAUUUGAAAGUUCGUACCUGAAUUUCACAUUUAUUAAUGGGCCAGAGGAAGUCGAGGUGUGAUGGAGGCAGACACACUUGAGGAUCAACUUCUCCUUUUUGCUAAAGAGGGCAAUUGUUCCCAUGUUCAAAGGCUUCUUCAGUCCAGGAUUGACCAAAACAGCUCUCUCAACAUUAACUGCAGAUCUAAGUCUGAAGACAGUCCAGGAUGGACACCACUCCACCUGGCCUGUCACUUUGGACACACCGAUGUUGUGGAGGAGUUACUCAAGGCAGGAGCUGAUGUGAAUUUGCAAAAUAACAUGGGUGACACACCUCUACACAGAGCAUCCUACACUGGAAGAAAGGAGAUUGUUCUGCUGCUGCUGCGGUAUGAUGCCUGCGCCAGCAUAAUCAAUGGAACAGCUCAAAUCCCUAAAGAUGUCACAGAGGAUGAUGAAAUUGUUACAAUGCUAGAGGCUGCAGAGAGGAGGGAGACCAGGCGACGGGAGGAGAAGCUUCUGGAAGCAGCCAGAGAAGGAUACAUCUCAACUCUGUCUGAAUUGCUCAGUGGAAAGGAAACUCCAUAUAUUCACUGCAGGGAUUCAGUGGGUAAUACGCCCUUGCACUGUGCAGCCUACAGGGGGCACAAGCAGUGCAUUAUAAAGCUGCUCAAGUGUGGUGCCAACCCCAGUAUCAAAAACAGCAACGACCAGACACCUUUGGACCUGGUCCGCACCGAUGAACUUAGACAGUUUCUAGCAGCCUAUCAAGAAAAGGAUGUGGGCAGUGGUGUGCAGAAGAUUGAAGGCGCUCUUUGGAAGAGUUCCCGCUUUCUUGGAUGGCGGUCUCACUGGGUGGUAAUUGAGGAUGGAACUCUUUCCUGGUACCCCAGACAGGCUGAUGCAGUGGCUGGUAUCAGAAAACAGGGCUGUAAGUCUCUGACAGACGCCUACUGCAUGGUGAAACCAUGGGAUCACUGCUUCUUCAUGCUUAGGUGUUUUGAUGACACUGUACAUUAUUUUAAGGUGCCCUCAAAAACUGAUUCAAUGGCAACAAGAAAAAAAUGGCUGGAUGCUUUUGAGGCACAUUCAUCCUAUAGCACUCGCCUCUUCACCCAGGAACAGAUGAUCAAUGAUGAAAAUGGUGAAAGUGGCAUGGCAGUGGGGAACCUAACACAAGCCCUUCAGGCAGCCAGCGCUUGCCAGCAGAAAUUGGAGAGCCAAGUGUCAAUAUUUCUAUCCAUGGUGAAGAAUGAAGAGAAUUUUGCAAUGACUGCUCCUCUUCUAUUGAAAGCCAAAGACACCAGUGAGCUUUCCAGUGAAACUUGUGCUGCCCUCCAGCUGUGCCUUGAACUGCUGUCAAAACAAGAAGAGGUGUGGAGCAUAAAGUUAGAGCAAGAGGUAGAGAAGAACAAGGCUCUGACAGAGGCUCUGCAGACGCUGGCCACUGAGUACCACGAGCUCAAGCAGUCCCUGUAUAAGAGCAGGAGAUCGUCUACCCUCAGUACCCUCACUGAAGAUGACUUCUUUGAUGCUCUGUCAGAGUCGGAGUCGGAACUCUCGGUGAGUCACUUCCUGUCUGUGGCCAGUCACUCCUGUGAAGAGGACGAGGGGAGAGACACUCCCCUUCUCAGCAGCCUCCACCAUCCCAGCACGCUCAGGGGGCCUACCGGAAUGUCAGGGGAGAGUAACCAUGGCAACCCACCAGCCCAGUACAACGAAGUCAAGAAGCACAGAACAUCCCUACCAGCUCCCAUGUUUUCCAGGAAUGAAGUCAGCAUCUGGAGUAUCCUGAAAAAAUGCAUUGGCAUGGAGUUGUCAAAGAUUGCCAUGCCUGUGAUAUUUAAUGAGCCUCUGAGCUUCCUCCAGCGGCUGACAGAAUACAUGGAGCACACCUAUCUCAUCCACCAGGCUAAUGCCACAACAGACUCUGUUGAGAGGAUGAAGUGUGUUGCAGCAUUUGCUGUGUCAGCUGUAGCAUCACAGUGGGAGAGGACUGGAAAGCCUUUCAACCCACUACUGGGGGAGACCUAUGAGCUUAUCAGAGAUGAUUUGGGCUUUAGGUGGGUGUCAGAGCAAGUAAGCCAUCACCCUCCAGUCAGUGCCUUUCAUGCUGAGGGCCUCAAGGAGGAUUUUGUCUUCCAUGGUUCCAUCUACCCCAAACUCAAGUUUUGGGGGAAAAGCAUAGAAGCAGAGCCCAAGGGAACAAUCACACUGGAGCUACCCCGAUAUGAUGAGGCCUACACCUGGACAAACCCCACCUGCUGUGUCCACAAUAUCAUUGUUGGUCAGCUUUGGAUUGAGCAGUAUGGCAACGUGGAAGUGAUCAAUCACAAGACUGGAGAAAGAUGCAGCAUGACAUUCAGGCCCUGUGGCCUCUUUGGUAAAGAGCUCCAUAAAGUGGAAGGAUAUAUCCUAGAUAAAAGCAAAAAGAAGCUCUAUGCAAUAUACGGCAAAUGGACUGAAUGCCUGUACGUGGUAGACCCCGCUACCUUCGAUGCCCACAAAAAGUCUGACAAAAAGAAUUCUGAUGAAAAAAGGGGCAAUAAACAGUCCCAGAGCAGUGUGGAUGAGGAGCCAGAAGAGAUGCCUCCACCUGAAGCUGAGACUGUCCAGGUCAUCCCAGGCAGUGAGCUCAUCUGGAAGAUUACACCUCGACCCAACAACUCAGCCAAGUUCUAUGCAUUCUCCAUGUUCGCCAUGCAGCUAAAUGAGCUGGAGAAAAGCAGGGAGGGAGUAAUCCCUCCCACAGACAGUCGCCUCAGACCUGACAUUCGCGCCAUGGAGAAUGGAGAUAUAGACUUGGCAAGUACAGAGAAGAAGAGACUUGAAGAAAAACAGAGGAUGGCUCGGAAGAAUUGCACCAAGUCAGAGGAAUGGAAAACGAGGUGGUUUCAACAAGGCCCUAACCCUCACAACAAAGCUCAGGACUGGCUCUACUUGAAAGGCUACUGGGACAGGAACUAUACUCAGCUGCCUGAUAUCUACUAACAAGUAAAAACACACACACGGUUAUUGUGUUUUACCACCUUUGGACCUUAUCCUAGCAUAAACAGAAAAGUAUAGAGUUCAAUUUGAGGAAAUAUCCUUAAAGCAUCUUUUUUUCCUCAACGGCUACAAAACACUGAAGCCAGAGGCACAUUUCUUCAAUAGAUUUGUGUGACCAUUAAAAGCACAAAGCUUUUUUUUUUGCUUGCUUAUUGUGCUCAAGUUUGGAAUAGAUGUGUAUAGGGAAAACUAGAAUGUAUUUUAGAAAUAUUUCAUGUUAGAUGGAGUGUUUGAAAAGCAACCUCAGUUUUAUUCUUUGUAGUUUGACUGUAAUUCCUACUGGUUAUGAAAACCUCUUACUUCUUCGCUUUGGUGCCAAGACAGCAGGCAACAUGGCUACAAACAGCUAUAGUAGAAUGUGUGAUUACGUCCUGAGCACACUGAUUAGACGCUGAACUGGCACUAGUUCUACUUGUGCUUUGCAGUGUAAAGUAUUCAAAUAGACUUUUGGUACAUUUUUUCAUUUAUUCUUACUUUAUAGUACAGUGAGUAGUGCAGAUUAUUAGUGUUUAACUGAAUGUUUAAAAUUUGCCUGAUUGCUAAGGCUGCUGUAGUAGGCAAAAUCUGUGUAGCUGUUUAUCAUUCAGCCCUAUUUACUAUAUAGAGGGGAACAGAGACUAGCAGCGUUGCACAUAAGUCUACCUGAUUGUGUACACACAGUAGCACUUUUUUAUAGACUAAAGCAGGUACACUGGCUCUGCACUUAAAUUGGAUGCGUGUGCUUGUAAAGGUCUUCCCAUAGUUGACUGUAAUUAGCUAUAUUCUUGAUGCUAUGUGUACUGAUGUGAUUUUAAAGUCUAACAAAAAUGCAUGUGCAUCACUGUACUGUAACUAUGCAAAACCUGCCUCCUUCACAAGCACUGAAUAUGGAUUCGUGGAUAGCUGCUAUAAGAUUGUUUUUUCCUUUAUUGCUCUUCAGGUAUCAAUGAAACGAUUUCUAUUGUUGCUAAAUAAAAGCUUAUUAAUUGAA